GCACUAUUCAAUUCGCGUCCUCAUGCCAGCAACACUUCCUUUUCAGGGGCGAGAAGCUGAAACUCUCUCUCUCUCUCUCUCUUCCAGUGGAAUAAAGAGAACCCAGAACCACCGAACCCUAGUCAGCGUCUUUCAUAUCUGAUAAUUUCCAGAAUUCCAGGGGCAGAAGAUGGCACUCGCUUCCCAGACAGGCUCGUCGUAUUGUGUUCGCACUGAAAUAAUAAGAUCUAAACCUAGGAACAAUUUAGUAUUUAGUACGACAAAAAAUGUCAAGGCAUCAAAAAUGAAGGAACUUUGUGCUGGUUUCUUGUCCUCAUCAUCUAAUUCUGGCAAGAAGGAACAUAUUUUGCGGAUAGAUGGUCCUGGAGUAGGAUGCAAACGAGGUCAUCGAGUGAUUGUCACUGCAAGCCCUCCUACCGAGGAUGCUGUAAUUGGUACUGGGCCAUUGACGAAAGAGGAUCUUGUACAAUACCUUGCCUCUGGAUGCAAGCCUAAGGAAAAAUGGAGAAUAGGAACAGAACAUGAGAAGUUUGGUUUUGAGUUUGGUACUCUACGUCCGAUCAAGUAUGAACAAAUAGCGGAGUUGCUGAAUGGGAUUGCUGAGAGAUUUGAUUGGGAGAAGAUAAUGGAAGGUGAAAACAUUAUAGGACUCAAACAGGGAAAGCAAAGCAUAUCACUGGAGCCUGGGGGUCAGUUUGAGCUUAGUGGUGCACCUGUUGAAACUUUGCACCAAACGUGUGCUGAGGUUAAUUCACACCUUUAUCAGGUCAAAGCUGUUACAGAGGAAAUGGGAAUCGGAUUUCUUGGAAUUGGUUUCCAGCCCAAAUGGGGACUGAGGGACAUACCUAUAAUGCCCAAGGGAAGAUACGAGAUUAUGAGGAAUUACAUGCCCAAAGUUGGCUCACUUGGACUAGAUAUGAUGUUUAGGACAUGCACUGUACAGGUCAAUCUGGACUUCAUUUCUGAAGCUGACAUGAUCAGGAAAUUCCGUGCUGGUCUUGCUUUGCAGCCCAUAGCAACAGCUCUAUUUGCAAACUCACCUUUCACUGAGGGAAAGCCAAAUGGUUAUCUCAGCAUGAGGAGCCACAUUUGGACUGAUACUGAUAAUAAUCGCAGUGGCAUGCUUCCAUUUGUUUUUGAUGAUUCCUUUGGGUUUGAGCAGUAUGUUGACUAUGCUCUAGAUGUUCCAAUGUACUUUGUUUAUCGAAAAAAGAAAUAUAUCGACUGUACUGGAAUGACUUUCCGGGACUUUCUGGCUGGAAAACUUCCUUGCGCUCCAGGUGAAUUGCCAACACUCAAUGAUUGGGAGAAUCAUUUGACAACAAUAUUUCCAGAGGUCAGGCUGAAGAGGUACUUGGAGAUGAGGGGUGCUGAUGGAGGCCCUUGGAGGAGGUUAUGUGCUUUGCCUGCGUUUUGGGUAGGUAUAUUAUAUGAUGAGAUUUCACUGCAAAAAGUUCUAGACAUAACAGCCGAUUGGACUGCAGAAGAAAGACAGAUGCUGAGGGAUAAGGUUCCAAAGACUGGGUUAAAGACACCUUUUCGGGAUGGGUUGCUGAGGCAUGUUGCUGAAGAUGUUGUACAGUUGGCUAAGGAUGGCUUGGAAAGGAGAGGCUUCAAGGAAUCGGGUUUCUUGAAGGAGGUGACUGAAGUGGUUAGUACAGGUGUAACGCCAGCUGAGAAGCUUUUGGAGCUGUUUCAUGGGAAAUGGGGACAGUCAGUAGAUCCUGUUUUUGAGGAGCUACUCUACUGAGGUGAAUCAAAUUCUUGUGGGACUUUGGUAGGGCCCUUUUGUGUGUAAAACCCUUUCUUGAAUUUUUGGGUGUAAUCCUAGUAAAUAUUUCAAGGUGGUUUAUCUUUGUGGUUUUAGAUUUAAGAUCUCAGCUGAAUACACUGUGCUGUAAAUCCUCUACAGCAGGCUUCUCCUGUUACUCAUUGAAUAAGACCAGAUCAAACUCUGGUCAUCUUGUCUCAUAAACUUCCAAAAUGGCAACUUAGUAAUGUUGCAUGGUUGGUAAGAAGUAUCGAAAGGUUGGAAUUAUAUUCCACCAAUUUGCAGGAA